CGACCCACUGCAGAAUGUUGACUGGAGAUUAGAACAGAGAACCUCGCGCCAGCUGACCUGUAACCGAGCACGUGCACGCCCUUCUAAACGUCAAAUCCUAUUGGUUUAGACCCUCCAGUGGUGGUAUUAGUGGAAUGUACGAAAUAAUUCAGGAUCGUUGUUUAUGAAUGGAUAGUUGUUAAAAGGUGUAGGUUAGAAGAUACAGGCACAUAAUCAGUCAAAUUCGAUAACUUAUCGGAAAUCUACUCUGUACUACAGUUACUGUAUAAACUUAACAGGACCACCAACAGGACACAAACGUAAGGACGCAUCUGACGAAGAGACGAUGCCUCAAGUGAAAGAAUUUUUAUUAACUUUUUUCAUGCCAGAGAAAUGUUAUGACCAAUUUUUCCUUCAUUUCAACGUUAUUCACGUACCCUGUCUGAAGAUUGUCAUGAGUAAGACUAUGGGAAUACUGAUAUUAAUGGCAACUGUUUUUGCCCCAUUGGCUCAGAUUGGGAAAGUUGUUUGGUGUGGGAGUUCGGAUGGAUUGUGUCUGGAGUCUGUCUUCCUGGAACUGCUGGCCAUCUCUUCUUAUGGAGGCUUCUGCUACAAACAAAACUUUCCUAUUGGAGCCUGGGGGGAAAGUUUGUUUUCACUGAUCCAGAUUGCUUUCCUGGCUUUUCUCAUCCAGUACUACAGAGGAAAAACUAUAAAAGGUAUAUGUCUUCUUGCUCUAUACUGUGUCUUCAUGUUCCUCCUUGCCUCACCUUUGACCCCUGUGUCAGUGGUUCAGACCCUGCAUGAUUGGAAUGUGCUGUUUGUUAUCGCUGGCAGGUUUAUCCAGGCAGGCAACAACUACAGAAGUGGUCGCACAGGGCAGCUCUCAGGUCUCUCUGUUUUCCUGGCGUUUCUCGGCUCUUUGGGACGUAUCUUUAGUUCGCUACAGGAAACUGGCCUUUCUCUCCCAGCUCAGUUGCAAGGAGUGGCCUGUUGUGGCAGUGGGGUGAUCCUAAUACAGAUUCUGUUAUACUGGAAUAAAUGCAAGACACACACAGAGAAAGAGGUGUGUGCUGAGAAACAGAAGGCUGUGUAGAGGAGGUAACUUAACCUCUGCGUUUGUGCAAAAUAUCUCAUAGUGCCUUUUGUAGUACAGUGUGUUGAAACGUUUCUGUGCACCCGAAAAAAGGACAUGAGCAUUCGCUAUAUGCAAAAAUACUCCAUUAAACCAUUGCCGUGUCAACUGUUGUGCUGUGUUUUGAACAGGACAACUUUGCUUUGAAACUUACUGCAUAAAUAAUAUCUCUACACAUUUAUACAUAUGUUUACUGUAAAAAUUUGCUGUAGUUAUGCAGCUGUUUGCCAGUAAAUUACUGUAGAUUUAAAUGUAUGUUAUUUACUAGCAACUGUUUGUUCAAAGUUAAAGGUGCAGUGUGUAACUUUUGAAAGGAUCUAAUGACAGAAAUGCAAUAUAAAAUAUACAUAACUAUAUUAACAGUGGUGUAUAAAGACCUUAAAUAAUGAACUGUUAUGGGUUUAUUACCUUACCUUGGAAUGAGCCGUUUUUAUCUACAUACACUGCGGGGUCCCCUUACAUGGAAGUCGCCAUUUUGUGGCGUGCCGCCAUGUUUCUACAGUAGUCCUAAAUGGACAAACUGCUGUACAGAGCACGUUUAUCACUAUUGUAUUUUGUCUUAGACAACAACAUGUUUGUCCUGUAGUGGUUACUGUAGCUUCUCUAUGGGGCUGUUUACACUUGGUAUUAAGAUGUGUUUUCAUCGAUCGGAUCACAAGUGGACGAGAGAGACACAUUACAUUUACACCUGGUAUUUAAAUCCGUCUCUUUUGUCCACUUUCGACCGCUUCUGUGCUGAAUACUAUGAGGGGGUGGUCUGUGAGACGGUGGGCGAGUCUCUCUGCUGUCAUUCAAACCCGAGCGGGAGUAAUUAUGAGUUUAUAUGGAUGCAAACUAAUAUUAUGUCGGAGUGCACUGCUUGUUUAGCAAGUAAACAUGCUGCACAGUGUUUUGUACAUGAGUAUGUAAGAGCUUUCUUUAAAUUUUCAGCGCAAUUGAUGAAAUAGGAUCGCGCAACUUUCACACGCUUUCAAAACGAAACUACGGAGAUCAGCCGCUUAGUUUUAUCAAUGAAAGGCUAAAAAUAGCGCUGUUCACCGAAUGUUCACGGCAGAAGUCAAAAAAGACGUAAAACUUGUGUUUAAUACCUCAGAUUAGAUAAAUGGGCGGAGAGAAGGCGGUCGCUUGUGGCUGUUCGAACGCAUUCAACCACAUGUGCGUUCCGCAACUCCAAAGCGAUCCGAUCGAAAGUGGUUUUGACCACCUCUGGAUGUGGUUGAAAGUGGUCGAAAGUGGACGAGCUCAAAACGUUUUGAACACCGUUUACACCUGGCAUUAACGUCGUCCACUUGUGAUCCGAUCGACGAAAACACAUGUUAAUGCCAAGUGUAAACUGCCUCUAAGUGUUUCGGUUAAUGGUGGACUAAGCCGUUGGCUGCAAUUUACAAUCUCACCACUAGAUGCCGCUAAAAUCUACACACUGCACCUUUAAAUUACAGAAUAAAACUAUAAAAUA